UCUGCGCGACCGGAAAUAGACCAGACGAAGAAGACUCCAUCCAUGCUCAAGCAAGGAUAGUUGUGAAACAAGCUAGCUGAUGCUGCUACUAAAAACAUUCGCCCUCUUCAUGUGUUGUGUUGUGUUGUGUUGUGUUGUGUGUCAGUAAUAGUCGUAGUCCCUGGAGCUGCGGCUGUAAAUCAAAAAGAGGAAUUUAAUCUGUCCCAGUGAGAAGACAUGAGCUCGGUCAGAGAGGAAGGUAAAGACCGAAUCAUCUUUGUCACCAAAGAGGAUCAUGCAUCACCCAGCAGUGCUGAGCUCGUAGAGGAAGAUCCUAAUGACCCAUAUGAGGAGCGAGGUCUGAUUCUUCCCAGUGGGGAGAUCAACUGGAACUGCCCCUGCCUGGGUGGGAUGGCCAGUGGUCCCUGUGGGAUUGAAUUUAAGAACGCCUUCUCCUGUUUCCACUACAGUAAGGAGGAAGUGAAGGGUUCUGAAUGCCUGGAUCAGUUCAGGGCCAUGCAGGAGUGUAUGCAGCAUUACCCAGAGCUCUAUCCACAAGAUGAUGACAAGGUGCAACAUGAACAAUCAUCAGAAACGGACCAGACCCCACAACACUCUGCAUCUGCAGAAACGCCAGAUGCAAACUCAGCAUCUGCCACCGAGCAAGACUCUGAUAGAAUACAACCCAACGCAGAGGACUCAGUGGAAAGCUAAUGAUGAGCGUUGGUGGCAACGUGAGCCACAAGAGUUUAAAGUCCAACUGAAAUCACAUUCAGUCAACACUUAAAAGGAAGAAAAAAAGUUUUAGCACGAAAUAUCAGAAAUGCUAAUUUUGCUCUUAGUGGCGGUCGUCAGUGUUUCAUGAGUUAACAAACCUGCACUGUGAUUUGCAGACGUGUGUGUUGUCAGCAUUGAGGGAUAAAUGCCACACCAGCAUCUAAACUGAACAAAACUGUUAAAUGUUUGUUCAGUUCAACACGUUACGGUGCAGGUAAAACGUGCCGUCACGUUUGUAAGUUCGAUAUGAGGCUUUAGCAGGAAUACUAUGUGUGUUGUUAUUUAAAGUGUUGCUACUGCUUUAUGCAAUUAUACAAAUAUACGCUUCAAAAUGAUGCGAUUUCAUUGCCUUUAUGGAAACAAGUUCUCAAUCUAUAAAACGAAAUAUAAAGUAUUCCGAUGAAUUAGUAACCAAAACAUACAUUAAAUUAUAUUACAUAUUAAAUAUAUAAGCGCUUCCUUUUUAGUUAAUGAUUUGAGUGCAUCUGGUUUACACAAUGUGCUGCAGACACAAAGAACAUGACAUUUAUUUUCAGUUGGACUAAAGAUUCUAUUUAUGAAUAAGAUGGGCUUAUACUUUUGUAAAACUGAAACUAUGUUAUCAAUGAAAUGACUAUAUUGAGUGUUUAAAUUAAAGUUGUUCAAUCAUGCCUUUGGGUACAGGCCAGACGAGAUUAAAGGAUCUUUAAUUCAAUAAAUAAUUAUUUAACUGAAUGUCUUCGGUUUUAAACAUUUAAGACAUUUAAAGACCUCAGACUUUGAGAAACUGGGAAAUUUCUCACUAUUUUAUGACAUUUUAUUGAUCAAACGAUUAAUAAAUAAAAUAAUCGGCAGAUGAAUCAAUACUUAGAAUAUAUGUGAGUUACAGCUAUAGUCUUGAGAUGUUUUUGUGCCUGUGCUGUGAUUUACCAAAACAAGGUGUGAUUCAGAUUCUUAUGAUAUAUGUACAUUAUGUGUUAUACAAAGUUUAUACGAGUGAUGUUGCAGAUACAGUUGCUAAAUUCACAGAGCUGUAAAGAAUGUGCUGAUGACGACCUUACAGUUUCUCCUGUGUCGUCCUGAGUAGUGUGUUUCAACAGUUGCCACCUGUCGCUAUACAAGUCUAAUGUAUUAUUAUUAUUAAUAAUAUUAUUAUUAUCGGUCCUGCAUUCUCCUGCAAAUGUAUAACCAGACAGACAACCUUUACCUCAGCUGAACUUAAAUGCACCAUACAUGUCCAACACAGGAAGGUAACAUUGUUGAAAGUUUUAUAAUAAAUGUUCCCUGAUACUAUUGGUUAUUAU